AUGUCCGACAUGCCAGCCAUUGCAGGUGUGACUCCUAACCCGCAACUACGUCUGCUCAAUGGCCUUCGAGCCAACAAGAAGCCAAUCAUGACCUUUCUGGGUCUUCCCUCCUUUCGGACAGCUCAAAUAAUAGCCCAGACCGGAGUCGAUGGUAUCAUUAUUGAUUGUGAGCAUGGCAAUAUCAGCGAUGAUUCAAUGCACAGUUCAACCGCUGCUAUAGCUUCUAUGGGAGUGUCACCGUUGGUUCGUCUUAGAAUGAGCCACUCGGAUCUCAUCAAAAGAGCUCUGGAUGCCGGUGCACAUGGUAUCGUUGUUCCUCAGAUAAAUACAGCCGAGGAAGCAACCAUCGCCCACGGCAUUGAUAUUCCGACAUAUAUGAAAACCGCAAACGAAACGCUGAUCAUCUGUAUCCAAGUUGAAACUAAAGUAGGGCUUGAAAAUGUUGACGCUAUCUGUGCCGUACCUGGAGUUGAUAUGGUUUUUAUUGGACCGAAUGACCUAGCCCUAUCGGUGCUUGGUUAUGUUCCUGCAAAAGGCGAUGAGCCUGAGUUUGUCGAUGCAAUCAAAAAGAUCGUGGCAGCUGCGAGAAAUCAUGGCAAAUGGGUCGGCCGAUUGUCUAACGAUGGAGCUUCAAGCAAGAAACACCUGAAGAUUUUUGACACUGUGGCGAUGAGUUAUGACAUUCGAGCGAUUCAAAAUUGGUAUAACUCUGAGUUGCAAGUUGCGCGCUCAUGA